AGGAGUUCCCCAACAUCAAAUAUAUAUGACACGCACGCGCGCUCGUCAGAUUUGGCUCAUCGUCUAAAAUGAGGGAACAUCAGUGAGGUUAUGCUGCCUAUAAACUCCUGCUUGAGUCUCAGUGAGAAAAAGAAAGGCUAAAGCCUGUCCAGAACACUGUGUUGUUCAGCGUCUUUUGUGCUGCCCAACUGCUGUCAACCAUGAGUGACCCCAUGACCUCAGAUGAACUCACCAAUGCUGUGGCUUCAGUCGUUCACAAUCCUGAGUCAUCAACCUCACCUGUUCAAGUACCACAGUGGGAGGAAGAGGAGGAAGGUGACCUGAACAAAGCAUUAGGUGUUCAGCAUUUCCAGCAGAUCCUGAGCCCCACUUCCAAAGGUCCCGGCGAGCAUCACCGCGCCUACAAUGAAGAAGACUAUGAGUAUCACCGUCACUCCUCCCAUCACAUCCAUCAUCCUCUGUCCAAGCUCACGGGAGAUUGCCGGAGGAAGAAGAGGAGGAGAAGUAGCAGUAAGGACCACGGAGGGAUUUCUAGCCCCAUCACUGCAUUGCCUAUCGAGGAGGUUGAUAAUGAAGUGGAUGAGGAAGAGGCUACGUUUUUUGUCUUUGACAAUCCUCAUGUGUCCACACCUGAGCAUUCACAUCCUCAUGCUGCUCGAAGUCUUCUAAUCAUGCCCUCCUCUGCUGUGUGCUGUGUGGAAUCCCAUGACAGCACACCUACCGAAACAUCUGAGCCUGCUCCAGCAUCCCCAAGCACAACUGAGCCCAAUUCUCUGCAUCACGUUUCGAACCGCAGUUACGACCUUCAGGAGAGGCGACGCAUGGGCAACAUGACGGGUACCGACCAGGCGAAAUACCAGAGUAUCCCCACAGAUGAAUUUGAGGCAAUGACCCUGGUCUCAGCCCACCUCGACGGCAUUAAAAGCCAUCGUUUUGAAGAUGUUCCAGGGGUACGAAGACACCUGGUUAGAAAAUGCACCAAGGGUCAUGUGGUACACAUUAGCAAAGAUCACAUAGAACCAAGCGCACGCACCUGUAAACUGGACCGAACACCACAUGAGGUGUUUGUGGAGCUGAAUGAGCUGAUCAUGGAUAAGAACCAGGAAAUGCAGUGGAGAGAGACGGCUCGCUGGAUCAAGUUUGAGGAGGAUGUUGAGGAGGAGACUGACCGAUGGGGUAAACCACACGUCGCCUCGCUGUCCUUCCGCAGUCUGCUGGAGCUGAGAAAGACCAUCUCUCAUGGGGCGGUGCUGUUGGACUUGGAUCAGAAGACUUUACCUGGUAUCUCCCAUCAGGUGGUAGAACAUAUGGUCAUCUCAGAUCAGAUUAAAGCCAAGGACAGAGCCAAUGUCCUCCACGCUCUCCUGCUCAAACACAGUCACCCGAGCGAUGAGAAAGAGCACAGCUCCUUCCCCAGGAACAUCUCAACAGCGAGCCUGGGUUCUCUGAUGCACCAUCAUCAGAACAGCAGUAACCACAUGUCUGUCCCUGAACCCAUCGUCACAGAGCCUCUCAUGUGGUCCUCAAGGGGCAGUCAAGACAGCACAUUUCACAUUAACAUAGAGAAGAAUGAGCGGAAAGAGUCGACUACAUCUAUUGGCAUGCACAAAUCCAAAUCCAAGCAUGAACUUAAGCUUCUGGAGAAAAUUCCGGUAAAUGCUGAGGCCACUGUCGUACUUGUUGGCAGCGUUGAUUUCCUGGAGCAGCCCACCAUGGCGUUUGUCCGGCUUCAGGAGGCUGUGCAGCUGGACUCUGUGUUGGAGGUCCCGGUUCCUGUGCGGUUUCUCUUUGUGCUGCUCGGACCUCCCAGCACCAACAUGGACUACCACCAGAUCGGACGCACCAUUUCUACUCUUAUGUCUGACAAGCAAUUUCACGAAGCUGCAUAUCUGGCAGAUGACCGGGAAGACCUGCUCAACGGCAUCAAUGGCUUCCUGGACUGCAGUAUCGUGCUCCCUCCGUCAGAAAUGGGUGGAGAAGACCUCCUGCGUUCUGUUGCUCACUUCCAAAGAGAGAUGCUCCGCAGAAGAGAAGAGCAGGAGGUGGCCCUGCUAUCCAAAGAGCCCAAGAGCCUAGAGGACAAAGAGGCCUUGUUGGCACCCUUUAAACAAGACGACCCUUUACGACGUACAGGUCGUCUGUUCGGUGGACUGAUCCGUGACGCCCAACGACGCUACCCAAAGUAUAUCAGUGACUUUAGAGAUGCGCUGAAUGCCCAGUGCAUGGCUGCCAUCAUCUUUAUCUAUUUUGCCGCUCUUUCCCCUGCCAUCACAUUUGGAGGGCUUCUGGGUGAGAAGACUGAAGGGCUCAUUGGUGUGUCAGAGCUGAUAGUGUCCACAUCUAUUCAGGGUGUGCUGUUCUGUCUGCUUGGGGCUCAGCCGCUUCUAGUGGUGGGCUUCUCUGGACCAAUCCUGGUGUUUGAAGAAGCCUUCUUCUCUUUCUGUAAGAGCAAUAAUAUGGAGUAUCUGACAGGUCGGGUGUGGAUUGGAUUUUGGCUCAUCAUCAUCGUGAUGGUAAUGGUGGCUUUUGAGGGCAGCUUCAUGGUCCGGUUUGUCUCCCGUUUCACACAGGAGAUCUUCUCUUUCCUUAUCUCACUUAUCUUCAUCUAUGAGACCUUCUCAAAACUACUCAAGAUUUUCCAGGAGCAUCCCCUAAAACGCUGCUCUGCUGGGAUUGUUGAUCAGAAUGGGACAAUGUACAACUCAAGCGUGGAUAGCUUUACCUCAAGUUCAUUAUCGGCUAACAGCAGUACACCUGAGACAGUGAACGUUAUUGGGGAGCCCAAUACUGCUCUUCUCUCAUUGGUGCUCAUGUCUGGAACGUUCUUCAUCGCCUUCUACCUGCGCAAGUUCAAAAACAGUGCCUUCUUUCCUGGCAGGCUAAGAAGAGUUAUUGGAGAUUUUGGAGUUCCUAUCGCUAUACUUAUAAUGGUUCUGGUAGACUACAGCAUUCAAGACACGUACACACAGAAGCUUAGUGUCCCCAGAGGUUUUUCCGUGACUAGUCCUGAUAAGCGAGGGUGGAUAAUCAAUCCCCUAGGAACAGAUGGUCAGUUCCCCAUUUGGAUGAUGUUUGCCAGCAUUCUUCCUGCUUUGCUCAUCUUCAUCCUCAUCUUUAUGGAGACACAAAUCACCACGCUGAUAGUCAGUAAAAAAGAGCGCAUGCUGGUAAAGGGCUCCGGCUUCCAUCUGGACUUGUUGCUCAUCGUAACUCUGGGCAGCACCAGUGCUCUGUUUGGCUUGCCAUGGAUGGCUGCAGCCACUGUGCGCUCGGUGACCCAUGUCAAUGCCCUUACUGUGAUGAGCAAAGCCGUCGCCCCCGGAGACAAACCUCGCAUCCAGGAGGUCAAGGAGCAGAGGGUGACUGGGUUACUGGUGGCAAUACUUGUAGGUCUCUCAAUAGUAAUUGGAGAUCUCCUGCGUCAAAUCCCCAUCGCUGUGCUUUUUGGCAUCUUCCUGUACAUGGGUGUGAUGUCACUGAAUGGGAUCCAGAUGACAGAACGCAUUCUGCUGCUCCUGAUGCCCCCUAAAUACCAUCCCGACCACACCUAUGUGCGCAAGGUGCGGACGCUGCGGAUGCAUCUGUUCACAGCUGUGCAGGUUGUGUGUCUCGCUAUCCUCUGGGCGGUCAUGUCCACCGUGGCUUCGCUUGCCUUUCCGUUCUUUCUCAUCAUGACCGUCCCUGUUAAGAUGUUUCUCUUGCCACGCAUCUUUAGCGCUCGAGAAAUGCAGUGUUUGGACGCAGAUGAUGCAGAACCCACAUUCGAUGAGAAGGAGGGACAGGAUGAGUACACAGAAAUGCACAUGCCAGUUUGAGCCACUCCCUCCUGUAUGUUAGUCGCACCGUUGGCCAGUAGUUGCCUUUUUAAUUUUCAAUUAAUCGAAUAGAAAAAAACACUAGAGGUAUGAAUGUUGCAUUAUUGCAAUUUUCGAACAAACCUGAUCUCAGUCCAGCAUCAACAAAGACCUUUUUUUAUUUUUUUAUUUUUUAAUUUUUUUAGUCGGUUUGUGCUGCUACAAUAACAUUUAGCCUUAACCAAGUAUAUUUAUUGCUUAUGGGAGAAAAUAAUGUAUACUUGUUGAGUUAACUGGAUGUUCUUAACACAACAUAUUGGGUACACGCAAUAUUAUACUUUAGUGCUUAGUGAAAAUUCAUGAAGAUUGCCAAGGGCCGCACGUGUGUGCGCGUGUGUGCGCUUGUGUGCGUGCGCUUGUGUGCGUGCGUGUGUGUGUGUGUGUGUGUGUGUGUGUGGGGUCCGUUUUAAAAAAUCUAUUGUUUUGUAUUUGUUUACUGGCUUUUCUUUCAUGUUUUGUUAUAAAUUAAAUUUAUGAUGCGACAUAUAUUGUUAAUUCGCACAAUCAACAGUAUUUUUAUUUUGCACAAUGCUGCCAUGUUGUUAAUAUGUUUUGUUAAACUUUGCAUCUGUGCAUAUAUGGUUUCUGCUUUUUAAUGCACAGUAUUCCACCUUUCUAAUGCAUGAAUUUGUCCGCUCCAAAACAUUACAUUUACAUUUCUUACAUUUAUGCAUUUGGCAGAUGCUUUUAUCAAAAGCGACUUACAGUGCACUUAUUACAGGGACAAUCCCCCCGGAGCAACCUGGUGUUAAGUGCCUUGCUCAAUGACACAAUGGUGGUGGCCAUGGUGAUCGAACCAGCGACCUUCUGAUUAACAGUUAUGUGCUUUAGCCACUACGCCACCACCACUCCACAUGAAGUGGAAAUACAGUAACUUUAAAUGCUAAACUGUCAUUAUAAGAUGUGCAGUUGGCAAAUAUAUUUAGUGCAGUUUUGCACUUGACCGUUACAGAGUCCACAUUUCAUUCUUGUACUUGGUUUUAGAGGAUGUAUUUAGAGGCGGGUGUUUUUGGAGAAUUUCUGAUGAGUUUUAUCUUGGAUGGAUGGACUGGUGGUCUAGUUUAGACUCUGAAAAUCCAUAUAAAGAUAGAAAAUUUUAUUGGUAGAACACAUUUUUUGGAAAGGCACCUAAUUUUUCUCGUUAUGUUUUGUUGUAAACCUUCUACUGUAGUUAUUGAAAGGGGUUCUGGAUUUUAUCAUACAGCUGUGCUUUGAAGUAUAAAAAUGUUUAGCUCAUCAGAGUGCUUCAAUGUACUUUCCUGAUAUGGAUGUGUGAGACGCUUCAGAAUUAUUAGGGUCUUUUAACAAUAGGACAUUAUGGUGCACAUUUCGUUAAAUAUAAAUAACAUUAGCUAAAGUAUGCACUAACUAGUGAGAGUGAGACUGGACUAAAAUUUUUAGGCCUUAUUUUUAUUUGACUAGGAAAGGGCUUGGUGUUUUAUGUCAAUAUUUGUACAUACAAAUGAUUAAUUAGAAUUAGAAUAUUUUUAUAUAGUUGUGCUAUCUGUCAAAGAGUUGUCGUCUUUUAGUACAUCAGAACGUCUGUGUUUCAAUCACAGCAUAUUUGUACUUUGUCACCGUUGUUUAUUUUUCACAUCUCCUCUGCCCGAGUUCAUUGACUAGUCCCAUGUUUGGGUGCCGCUGUGUGUAGACAAGUUUUGACCUGCAGAACAGGAAUUCAAUCUGAUCAUAGAACAGGACUUUUGAGGUUGUGUGUGAAUGCGGACCGGAAUAUUUAUUCAGUUCUGUGCCUUUAGUGGAAUUGCUCUCUUGAAUGCAAAAUGGGGGUCGAAGACAGUUUAUGAAGGUUAUAUGUUUUUGUGAUGAUUUAAAAUGAUAUUUAUCACAAAAUAUAUCUUACAAUAGCUGAUAUGUGGCAAAGGGAAGUGAGGGUCAUUUACCAUUCUUGUCAGAUGAUCAUUAUUAUGCAUUUGGUGUUAUUUUUGUAUUUGAUAUUUGAUUUAAAAUGUUCCUGUGUACAUAAUGCAGUAUU